CACUGCUCAACACUGAGUUUCCUUCUUCUUUCUUCUUCUACUUUUCCAUUCUAUUCUCAAAAAGUUGAGCAGAGCUAUAAAAAAAAAAAAUUUAGAAAAAAUGAGAGUGCCAAAGAUGGUAUUAAUGGUGGUUGGUCUUUCUCUUGUGCUGUGGGCAGCAAAUGCAGAAUUUGCUGAUACUAUAAAAUUGGACACCGGUGGGUUGCGCAGAGCCAAUUUUCCAUCCGGCUUCAUCUUUGGAACGGCGUCGUCUGCUUAUCAAGUCGAAGGAAUGGCCGACAAGGCUGGCCGUGGACCAAGCAUUUGGGAUGUGUUCGCCAAAAUUCCCGGAAUUAUUGCAGAAAAUGCAACCGCAGAAGUGACGGUGGACCAGUACCAUCGCUAUAAAGAAGAUAUUGAUAUUAUGAAACACCUGAACUUUGAUGCCUAUCGCUUUUCAAUUUCAUGGUCCAGAAUUUUCCCAGAGGGUACUGGAAAAAUAAAUUGGGAAGGAGUUGCAUACUACAAUAGGUUGAUUGACUACAUGCUUAAAAGAGGAAUUACUCCAUUUGCAAAUCUAUAUCAUUAUGAUCUUCCUCAAGAACUUGAGGAUAGGUAUAUGGGAUUGUUAAGUGACAAAGUGGUAAAGGAUUACGCGGACUAUGCAGAUUUUUGUUUCAAGACAUUUGGAGACAGAGUGAAGAACUGGUAUACCUUCAAUGAACCAAGAGUAACAUCUGCCCUUGGUUAUGAUAAUGGAUUUUUUGCACCAGGAAGGUGCUCUAAAGCUUUUGGAAACUGUACGGCUGGGAAUUCAGCAACUGAGCCUUAUAUUGCAACACAUAACUUGAUUUUAGCUCAUGCAGCUGCUGUACAAAGAUACCGCGAAAAGUACCAAAAAACACAAAAGGGAAGGAUUGGAAUUCUUUUAGAUUUUGUAUGGUAUGAGCCUCUUACCCGAGGAAUAAAAGACCAAUAUGCAGCACAAAGGGCAAGAGACUUUCACAUUGGAUGGUUCAUCCACCCACUAACAUAUGGCGAGUAUCCAAAAACAAUGCAAGAAAUAGUUGGUGAUAGACUGCCUAAGUUCACUGAAGAUCAGGUUAAACUUGUGAAAGGCUCAUUUGAUUAUUUGGGUAUUAACCAGUAUACUUCUUACUACAUGUAUGCUCCACAUACCCCACCAAAGGCCUUGGGUUACCAGGAGGAUUGGCAUGUGGGUUUUGCUUACUCGAAAAAUGGAGUUCCUAUUGGUCCAAAAGCAAAUUCUUAUUGGCUUUACAAUGUACCAUGGGGUAUGUACAAGGCUUUGAUGUACGUAAAGGAUCGGUACCAAAACCCUACUGUAAUUUUAUCAGAAAAUGGCAUGGAUGAUCCUGGUAAUGUGACAAUUCCUGAAGGAUUAUAUGACACCACGAGGAUCAACUACUACAGAAAUUAUAUACGCCAAAUGAAGAAGGCAAUAGAUGAUGGUGCAAAUGUUAUUGGGUAUUUUGCAUGGUCAAUCGUGGACAAUUUUGAAUGGAGAUCAGGAUACACAUCCAGAUUUGGCAUCGUCUAUAUAGAUUGGAAGAACAAUCUCAAGAGGAUUCCCAAGUUGUCUGCCUAUUGGUUCAGGCAAAUACUAAGCUCUGUUACAAAUUAGUGUCUUUGUUUAAGAUUUAGAGAAUAGUUUUUAUGCAAUUUUUAAUGUUUGGGAGAGUGGUAGUUUCUGCUGUUUUAGUGUUUUCCUUUUCUAGUUUGUUAAAAACUACCAUUGGUAUGCUCAUAAUAUUAAUAAAAAAUUUCCAAUAGCCUUUCUUUA